AGCCGUCUCGUCCCGAGCGCUCCCGCCCCGAGGCCCGCCACGGGCAGGGGCCCGGCCGCGCCGUCCCGGGCCCGACUUAAACGCUGCCCCUCGCUGGCCCGCGAGCGCCGCCCCGGCGGGGGGCGCCGAGGUCUCCCUGGCUGCCUGGCUGGGGGGGGGGGGCCCGAUGUGCUCCCGGCAGUGCCUGGCAGGAGUGGCGGAGGCGCUGGGGCUGCGCCGGGGCGGCGGGGAGAGCCGGCGCCGUCGGGCCGCGCCGUGGAGGCGCGGGCGGUUGCGGGGGCAGCCGGGGGCGACGCGGGCGGCGCGGGCGCAGAGGCACGGCGCCAGGCCGCGGCGCUGGCGGGCCCGCCCGAGGACCCACAGACGGUCCAGGGGCGGCUGACACUGCUGGAGGCCCAGGCGACGAAGCUGAAGGCCACCAUCCAGCGCAGGAAGCAGCUGCGGGACGGGCCGGCGAUCCUCGGCCACUACGAGCGGGUUCUCGCCGCGCUUGAGGGCGAGAUCGCGUCCCUCGGUGGCGCGGCCGCCGCGCGCACCGCGGCCUCCUGAGCGGGUGGGCGGCCGCCUCGGCCACCGGUGCCGGGGCAGCCGGCUCCGGCGCCUGCUCCGCUGCGGGAGGCCCCCGCAGGCAUCAUCGGUGGGGCCACCGGUGCCCGUUCGGUAGGCAGGGGAGGGG